ACAAAAUAGCAUUAGUGGUACAAAAGAGAUGCUUCCUCAUCAGCACUAGUAACAGUUGUGCAAAUAACACAGAUAAAGAGAAGGAGAAAAGGGGAUGCAUUAACCAUGAAUUCUUUCAUCAUCUUGCACAACUUCAAAAUUCCAUCAAAGUCAUUCAUGUUUUAGAGUAAAAUCGACAGAUAAACACAUAGAUUGAGUGCACAGAUGCUCUGCAAAUGGGGAAAUCCCAACCCCAAUUGCCACUUAAUCACCUCCAGCAGCAGCAAAAUCGUCACGGGUCUUCGUUCUUUGUUCGAUGUUCAAGGGGUUUCUCAAGAACUGCUCGAUUGUUCAGUUUCAAGUGUGCUUUCAUUUUGCUCCUUAGCGCUUCCGUUUCCCUUUCCGCGAUCUUUUCGGUCGUUCGUAUUCACCAUAGACAAUCUGGGUACGAUGCAAAUGAUUCAAUCAAGCACAGUGCUAAAGUUCAGGCAUACUUCAGAUUAGAAAAGUCAGUUUCGUUUCUUCUUCCCCAAAUUACAAGACUAGAGUAUGAUAUAUACAAUGAAAUAGGUGUCCCUGGCACACAGGUUGUUAUCUUAUCAAUGCAUGAAUCCAGUGAAUAUAACUACACUGAUGUGGUCUUUGGUGUUCUUCAUAAACCUAUGAACUCCCCUAUAAACCCCAUAUCUUUAAGUGUCUUGAAAACUUCAUUACUUGACCUUUUUAGUCAACGUUCCAAUUUGACUUUGACAAAAUCGAUUUUUGGUUUGACUUCUAAUUUUGAAAUUCUAAAGUUUCCCAAUGGGAUCACAAUUAUCCCAAGACUAUCUCCUCCUGUUUGGUUUCUACCCGAAGUUCUUUUUAAUUUUACUCUUCGUAAUUCCCUACAAGAAAUAGAAUAUAAUUUUCUUGUGUUGAAGGAACAAUUAAAUUCCGGAUUGCAGUUAAUGCCUGAUGAGAGUGUAUUCUUGCAAGUGACAAACAAAGUCGGGUCAACCCAAGAUCCACCCGUAACAGUCCAGGCAUCAAUCGUGUCAAAUCUAGGCAGUCUCGACCCUCAAAGACUGAAGCAAUUAGCACAGGAAAUUACCGGAUCGCCCCCGGGAAAAAACCUUGGACUUGAUCACUCAGUUUUUGGAAAAGUUAAGGAAAUCAGUUUGUCGUCUUUUCUGUCUCGUACCCUCGAUGCCCCCACACCUUCCCCGGCUCCUUCACCGGAGCAAAACAGUCCCACCGGAGCUCCGGCGAGUUCCCCGUCUCCUGGUGGGUCCGAUGAUGACGUGUCACCUGGUCCACGUCAGCGUGGCGUUCCACCUGGCGGUUCUACUAGUUUGCCACCAAAUCUUUCUCCUUUGCCUGCUGUGUCUUAUGGAUCGGUUCCUAGCCAUGAAAGUGGUUUGGCGCCUUCACCUCUGCCAUCAUCCUCUUCUUGUGGGUUACAUUCGAUAUCUUGUUACAGCAUGCAUAUAUGGUGGUGGUGUUGGUGGCUUACAGUUUUGGUAUUGGUAACAUGAUACAAAAGUUAUAUAUAUAUAAGAUGAAAAGGGUUGAAAGUCAAGCUAUAGAUAUACGAUCGUCUAUAUAUAUAUAUAUAUAUGAUAUAUAAAUAUAAAUAUAAAUAAUAUAAAUAUAUAAUACAAACCAGUUGCGGGUCAAAGCCAAAAUGUGGCGGGCCGCUUUGCGUUCCUGACAGCUGACUGAAUAUUCCCUAAGGGAAGAAAAAAAGAUUGAUCUUCAUCAAAUCAACAAAGUUAAUGUUUGUGUGUGUGUGUGUGUAUUCAUGUUCAUGCAGUAUCAUCAAGGAGAUCCAACUGUAUCUUGAAAUCGAAAGUUGAAAAUGCAUUGUGUUUUUCUUUUUCUUUUUGUGGUUCUUUUUGAGCAUCUGCAUGCUUAUUAUUAGUGUUGUCUGUGACUCGAAACAAAGAAGUUUCAAGGAGUUUGGUUAGAAACUUAAUGGAAAACAAGUACUUUUCUAUCUUUGUAGAGGGUAUUGAUGCUGCCUGAUAUGAGACUGAGACUGUUGUUAAUAGGAUAAAAUUGCAAUAUUAUUGUUCCAC